GCCACACCCUCCUCUCUUUCAUCCUCACAGUCAUAGCAACACUUGUUGCCGUUUUUCCGGAGAAAAAGAGCACCUUCAUGGUGCAAGUACACCAUGAAGCCAAGCCCUCCAUCUUCCCAACCCACAAGCACUGCCUCUAGUGUCAGUGUCAGUGACCACCCCUCCUUCUCUCCUUCCCUGUCUCGCUCUUGCCGACCAGAGGACCUUCGCACCCACCCCGCCCCUGCUUCGCCGUUGUUAGCAACCCUAGAGCCGCAAUGCCCCCUUCUCCUCUUUUCACCGUCGACCACCCUCACCUACUGGGGCUACCUUCUCCUCAUCACCGAACCAGUGUCCCUGACGGGCCACCGCACCAGUCGCCACCACCGCGGUCCCUUUGUGAACCAAAUUUGCAGUGAGCUCUCUCUCUCUCUUUCUAUCUCUUUCACCAUUUUUCUUUUCUCCCAGAAAAAGUGAAUCCAAAUACAUGAGGCUUCUGUGUUUGAUUGUUCAAAUUUGAUCCUCUCUCCUCACUCUCUUCUCACCUUGGAUCUGUGUUCUUUUUCACCCUAUUUCUAUUAGCUUUCUCCAUGACACCCUUUUCAAUGUUUUGUUCCCUCAAACAGCUUCAGAUUUCGCUGAAACCAAGAUCCAAUUUUGACUCUCACCCAUCGUCAUCCAUUUCAAAUUCUUCUCUGGAUUGAUUUUGAUUCCUCCAAAGGUGAAGGUUAUGGUGAUGAAGGAGUGGCAAUGAGGUGGUUUGUGGCAGAGAUGGUUUGUGGCAGAGAAAUGGAGGUUAGAUCGGAGAGUGUUCAUGUGAUGCGAAGAGAGAGAUGGGGUAUGAUGGUAGCAGUGGUAAUGAUAAGGGUAUUUUGGGGUUUUUAGAUAAUUUUUUAGGGUUUGGAUAAUUUUGCUUGUAAAAAUCA